AUGGAUAGCUUGGAGGAGAGACACCAGAAAGAGUUGAGAGAACUGCAAAGCAAAGUCUCUCGGUUGUGCGACCGGCUCGAAUCUACUGCAGAAAAUGGAUGUGGCCUGUCAUUGUCGAAUGAUGAGCUGCUCGCCGGGCCUCAAGUCAGGGAGACGGACUCAUUUGACAUCGUGCGAUGUGGUACUGUUACCGAAGGUGAGUGGGAGGAGCUGUAUGAUUUCUUCGAUGAGCACUGUCGGACAGUCAUCGCAUUCAUGGAUGACCAGCUCUACUCAGCGGCGCACGUCAUCCGCACACAACCUCUGAUGGCGACGGUAAUCUGCGUCAUUGCAUCCAAGGCAGUUCGUCCAGAGAAUUAUACCACCUAUCUUGGCGCAGCAGAUCAGAUAAUUAACACCACGUUUUCUGGCGCCAUAGAUAUAUACACUGUUCAGGCGAUGAUGCUUCUCGCCGCCUGGACUGGCAGACAUCGUCUGUGGGGAUAUGUCGCAUCUAUCGCCGUGGAGCUAGGCUUGAGUGUGGCUGCGUCAAACUUAGCAGAUGUCUCUGUCGAACACACAGCAGAUUUAGUUGGCUUAGCAAGAACGUGGUUCUCGUUGUGUUGCUUUGACCUAAUGAUCAAUCUGAAUCGUCCAUUCGUCGUCUACAAUAUUAUGGACUAUCUGCCUGUCGCCUCUCAACUUCUGGUCUCUCCUCACUGCAGACCAGUGGACUAUCGCCUUUGCGCGUAUUUGCAGGGGUUUUCGAUCACUGCCGAAGCCAAAGCGCAAAUAGCCAAAACAGAAUUGCAACCGAAUCCACUACCUGACAGCGUGAUUCAGAGAUUGGGAGCCCUUGAUCAGAAAAUUGACCGCUGGUUCUACCAUAUCAACAAUAGCAUGGAGCCGCUCUACCAAACUUUUGCUAAGAAGCAAGACCGGAACCGAUUUAUGGUUCCCUUCGCUUUCCUCAAGAUUUACGUGAACGGUCUUGCUUUGCACGGGAAGGUGUCUCAACACGGGAGCGCAGAUACCAACAGGGUGGCUUUCAUUCAAAAGGCCCUGGAUAGCGCAUGUCUACUACUUCAAACUCAGUUCGAGUCGAAGGAGUUCCGACAAAUGCUGCCCUAUUCGGGAGACUACAAUCUCGUGACUACGUACUAUGCUAUCGAGUUCAUGCCCAAAGCUCUCGAAGUCGCUAGUGCAGCUGUGAAUUGCGAGCUGGUGCUUUCGAGACUACGUCAGGGGGCCCAGCUGCUGGAAGAGGCCGGGGCUGCGGAAUCUGCUAGCAAAGUUCGAGAUGAAUUGCAUAUGCUGAAACAGGUGAUGCGGACUUCUCUACCCCCGGAAGGUCUUGUGGCGGACUUAGACCAAGCCGCGGGAGAGUCUCUUUUUGACAUUCCAAAUCUUUUGGAUGGAUGA